AUGGCUGAAAACAGUAAUAUUUUGGAAGAAUUACAAUGUUCUUUACAUGAUAUAAGCUUGGAAGGUUAGUGCAAGUUUUUUUAUGAUAUUUGUAUAGUGAUACAAGCGAUAUAAAUUAAUAAGAAAAUUGUGUGUUCUUCGUAUAUCUGUUUAUACUUUUAUAUCAUGUAAAUAAGAUGUAUAACAUUAUAAAGAACUGAUUGUAUUAAAUACUGUUCUUCCGUAUUUUAAUAUUGGCAUUGAAGAUGAUGAUAGUGAAGACGAUCUUGGAUGUUAUCCUAUUCAAUCGACGAGUACGCCCGAGAAGGAUGAUUUCAGACCUGGGAAGCAUCAACUAACGCCGAAUUCCAAGUUAGUUAAUCAACCUCUGAGCAAAAGAUUCCAACAGUGUGACCCUACAUCUAGUGAUGGUAAGUUUGCGAGUUAUUUAAUAUAAUAUUUAAUAUUUUGUAUAUAAAUAUAUCUCAGUCUUGUUGCUACUUACUAGUAGUCCAGGGGUGUAUAUUUUUCAAUGAUCUCUGAUUCUUCCCCCCUUCUUUGAUCUCCCCCCACCACUCCAAAAGUUUUCUCUUUUCUUCCUACCCUUCCCUUCUUUUUUACUCUUUUUUUUAUUUCCUUCCCCUGGCCCUAAGACCCUUUGAUUCAUCCUUUGACUAUUUGAAGAAUAUACACCCCUGUGGUAUCCAGUCCAGCUUGCUCGGACCUCUCUGCCUAUUGCCCUACAUCCGAAUAAUAAUCCUCAUAAUACUCUCAUGUAUAAUAAUCCUUCGUCCGUAAUGUAAAAUGAAACUUUAGGAUAGUUAAGAAAUACAAUUAAUCCAUUUAUAAUGGACAAGAUUGUCCCCUUAACAAGUAAAAUUGCCUGGCAUAUUAGACGGGCUUAUAAAUGACAUACCAUAUUAAUUAACCAUUGGGUUGCAUUGUGCCCUAAUGCACCCUAGCUACUUUAUUAUUUUACUCUGUCUAACACCAGACAAUUUUACUUGUGAACUGUAACAUGUCAAUGUCUAACUGAACCGUCUGGGCUCUGCUCUACAGUAAAUUUCCUUGUAAUUGGAGUCUGGGAUCAGUGUUUUCAGUGUCUUCAUAUGGUACUGUCACUAUUUUAUAUGUAUAAUGGACAUUUCUCAUUUAGGACUGAAUCUGAUGUAAGUCAUGUGGACAAGAAAUUAAUACAAGUUCUUUCGAAUGUUCAAAUAGCAAGAGUCAAGUGGUGCACUAGCUCUUGCCAGACUUAACUGCAUGCCAGAACUAACAAUUACUUUUCUCUAUAAUUUUGUGGGAAUGUGUUAUUUAUAUGUAUGUACUACAAACAGCCAAAGAAUAACCCAUGAGCUCUAGUUUUAAUUUUUUAAUAAUACUGUUAAGUAUUACAUGUAACUUGAUUGUACAGUUAGGUUUUAAUAUUAUUUACUGCUAAUGGGUCAUAUUCCAGAAAACAUCCAUACCACCCCCACAGAGGAAAUUACGUACAUUUACUAUUAUCAGAAACAAUUUUUUUCUCCCCUCCCCCUCCGGACGGCAGAAAUUUCCUCCGUGAGGGGAGUGUGGAUCUUUUCUGGAACGUCCCAAUUGGAUAAUUAUUCUUUAACCAUGCAAGUUGGAUUAAAAUAAAUAAUAUACAAAAUCAAGCAAAUUUUUGUCUUUAAUUAAUUUUGAAACAAUUAAUACAUGUUUCUUGGAGGUUCACUAACAACAGUGGCAUGAACUCAUUGUGGGAGCAUUCUGCAAUAAGCAUGAAUAGAUUAUAGCCAUAGGGGCUAUCAAUAUGGAAGCCAGGCUGGCCUGGUUGGCAGAACUAUUUAUUAUUUCCAGAUUAAUUUCCUUGCCGACACAAUUCUAUUGUUUUGACAAUAUUUCCAUGACCAAUGUUGUAUUGACUUUACUUUGACCAGGUCAGUCCAGUUAGUGUUUAUAUCCAUAAAAUAUCUUCCCGGUGUAACUGAGAGUUUGCCUUCUUCAGGUGAGAUCUGAAAACUGAGCCAGUCAGGUUGUCCAUACAAUUUGAAAGGAAUUUCCACUAUAAAAAUAACCACACAGUGAGUGAGACCUUGCUUACUGGCCUAGGGCUAACUGUCACAUUAGCCCCUACCUCAGGAACACCAGAAAUAUGCCAGCAGUUGAGUCAAUUAACCCAAUAUUUAUAGGGAUGGGGCAAACAAGUUAAUGCAUGGCCUUUUAAAGAUACAUGCAACAAACUAUUUUCCAGAAAACAUCCAUACCACCCCCACGGAGGAAAUUGGAAGUUAACCCCCUUCAGAUGUCCGAAUACAUUUAUUAUCAGAAACAAUUUUGUCUCCCCUCCGGAUGGCAGAAAUUUCCUCCGUGGGGGGAGUGUGGAUCUUUUCUGGAAUGACCCAAUUGGUUUGUUCAUAUGAUUUUAAUUAAUGAAAGCCUAUCUGUCUUUGGGAAUCUUAUUUCCGAACAAAUCUUGUCGUGUUAAGAGUACAAAAACAAAGAUAAGCUUGGGAUCUCUCCCAGUCUCCCGCUUUACUACCUUCUUUAUAAAACCAUUUUUUUUCCUGGGGGGGGGGGAGGAAAAUACUCAUGUCAUAAUUGUCCUUUCCUAUUUUUUUUUAAUUGUACAAAUGAAGACCACAAUCUGGAAAACAUUGGGGGCACCACUUGUGCCACUGGUGUUUUAUAGCUUUGCAUACAACACUGAAGGCCCAUGGCAUAGUGGAAUCGAUGUGUGUUACACCAAAUAUAUUGGCAUACCAGAAUUGUGAUAUACACAUAUAUGCCUAUGAUAUUGGUGUGGCAAAAUACAUCAAUUACACCAUGGCUGAAGGCAGUACAUAUUUUCCUUUUAACAGGCAGUCAAGUCUGUUCUGCACAUGUGCUAUGUUGGGUCUGUGAUGUAAACAAUACCCAAAUUUAGCAUUGUUGUCAUUGUUUCAACAUCUUCUAAAUCAGAAACUCUAUUCUAUGUUCAUUUAAUUAAAGCAUAUCGAACCAGAACAUAUCAUAUUUUUUUAUCUGCCAGUUUGUUUAUAUUUUGACUUGACCACCACUUUAAAGUUGCACAAUCAAUGGUAACAUUCCUAUUAAAACAGUAAACAUUCAUGUCUCAUGCAUAGAAAAUGUCACUAAAAUUUCGAGACGCAUUGUCUGAAACGCUAUUUACAGAUUUAAAUAUCUACAUAUUUAUAAUGCAAGCAGAACUGUCAAGUGUUUCUGUUCUCUUGCAUAUAUUUGGAUUAUUUGCACGCUUUAAUAGUGGACACAGUGGAACUUCCAAUUAGUUUUAAAAUUCAUUUAUAAAAGUUGGGAGCGAUUGCAGAAUACCCGUCCACUUUUGAAGACCUCACCUGUUAUCAUGAUACGAUGAUACGAAGUGAAAAUGAUUACGUAAUAACUAUAUAACUGCGCUAUUAUAAAAGUCUGGGUAAGCUAUAUUUUUUGGCUGAUACGAUGAUACGAUGAUACGAAGUGAAAAUGAUUACGUAAUAACUAUAUAACUGCGCUAUUAUAAAAGUCUGGGUAAGCUAUAUUUUUGGCUGAUACGAUGAUACGAUGAUACGAAGUGAAAAUGAUUACGUAAUAACUAUAUAUCUGCGCCAUUAUAAAAGUCUGGGUAAGCUAUAUUUUUGGAUUUAUAAAUAAUUAGAUAUGGCCCACGGGUAAGGUUUUCAAAGAACGAGACAAAGAGAUAUACAUGUCUUUCAAAGAACGAGGCAAACACAUAUACUGUAUACGUGCUAUUUUACUUCGUAUCAUCGUAUCACGCAAUAAUAUAGGUUACCCAGGCUUUUAUAAUAGCGCGGUCAUAUAGUUAUUACGUAAUCAUUCUCACUUCGUAUCAUCGUAUCAUGAUAACAAGGGAUACCUUCAAAAGUGGACGGGUAUUCUGCAAUUUAGCCGUGGGCGUUUUGAAAAGGUCUGUUUGCAAUUGCAAAAUAGUUGCUCAUCAGUCGCCAUUUUUAUUCAAUUUUUGUAGUGUGUCCCAGUCCAUCACGGAAUUUGGGCGCCAUAUUCCCCAAUUGAAACUUCAUGUAAGAUUCAUAUGUAAGCCUAUUCCAUUCAUGUAAGCCUUAUGCACCUAUCAAUGUUAAUCCCCAGGGAGGGGGGGUCGGGCAAGGGGUGGGGAUUUGACAUUUUUACAAAAAAAAAUGUCAAAUGCCACUCCCUCGGGAGAAAAUUCCUGGGCAAAAUUCCCCACCCCCGGGAUGAAAUUGUAUUACUGAAGUAUUUGGUUUCUGGUGCACUCUAUAUGUCAGGUGAUAGGGAAAUUACACAAAUACAUUUGGCGGUAUAAUUUAAUUUAAAAGUAUAACAAUCAUAAAGAACGUUUCAAAAUAACUUAAAAUACUCAUUAAUAAUUUAUAUACCUUGCGCCACACCAUGGUGUAGUGGACUGGAACACAGGCUAAUAAAACACAGUAUUCUUAUAUAAUUAUAUUAUCAGUAUUCUAAUAUAAUUGUUCGCCCUAAUUAGUAUUCUUUUGUACUCGUAUUUUAAGUUGUGCGCCUCGCGUUUUAUAUCUGAUAAAACACACUCCUACUCGUGUUUUAAAUAGUACAUAACGUGAACUUUUAAUAUACAAGUAUAAAUCGAUAUUAAUAUAAUUAUAAAAUGGCUUUUAAGUGUUUAUUUCUUGUCCAGAAAUUUCCAUAUUUCUUGUAAAAACAACGCGCGAGACAGCGAGCGAUAAACUAGUGCCCAGUCUUCAGCUUGUUCCUGACUCUUCCACAGUCCCUCGUUACCUUUUAGUGCGGGAGGAUAUGCCCGUUCGCGGGUUAGACGUUGGCAGCUACAACGCGGGCGACUGGGGACGAGUCAGAGUUUGUUCUAAAAUUGGCUCAGGUUUCUUCAGUAUAUCGUCUGAGAUCAGUGUUAUCUGUCAAAAAUCCCCACCCUCGGGCCACUUAGAAAAAAAGUGUCAGUCCAAAUCCCGACCCAUGGGACCACCUGAUUGAUCAAAUCCCCACCCUUUGCCCGACCCCCGCCCCCUCGGGGUUAACAUUGAUAGGUGCAUUAUAACUACGUAAAUAAUGUGUUGAUUGAUUGCAUCUGAAUUUGGCUACUAAAAUUUGAUUUGAUUUGAUUUGACAAUCAUCAGUAAAUGGUUAUAGGGCAAAAAAAAUAUAUGUGGGUUUAAGGUUUCUUCUUAUAAAAACUUAGGUAGGGUAGGUCGGUUUUAACUUUUUUUUUAAACUUUUUUUUAAUUUUCCGAACAAGCGGACGCCAUUUUGUUUAGUCAGUGCUUCCACAUCUAAAGAUAAAUUUCCCUAAUAUUGCCUCAAAUUUUAAUUUUCCACAAACUUUUUCCUCUAAGUGGAAACACUUACAGGCAUGAUCCAAUAAAAAAGUUUAGGGUCGGGAUUUCCACAUAUUUUUUUUUUGGCCUUUUGCGUCUUCUCGGAUAACCAUUAACGACGUUAAAAUCGUAGGUACCUAGGAUCCCCUAUCUGUUGGGAAAUCCGCUCACCAAAGAGUGCCAAAAUCAAUAAAAAUAAAGUAAAACAAUAAACUAGAAUGAUCAAAUGCAGACAAAUUAUUUUCUUUGCCCAAGUUCGUCCGGAAGGAUUGUCUUCUUUAGUGGAAAUCGUGCCAUAAUUUCUAUUUACAGGAGCAGAAGUAAGCGACCCGAGACAGCAGUUUCCCCAGAGUCCUCACAAAGCGAGAUGUUUCCCAAAGCUCGAGGACUGGUGUCAAGACAACAGCGAUAUUGAAACAGAUAUGAAUUUUAAUUAUUUAUAA